AUGCUACAAGCUGGCGGGACCUCCUGCGCUGAGAAAGGAGAGUCCUUUCAGGCCUGGCCCGGGGACCUGGCCUGGCCUGGAGGCACAGGCAGUCUGCCUGUGCCUCCAGGAGGAUAUCUGAUGACGGCGCCGAAGAGACUCCGCUCGAACUCCACCCAGCAGAUCUGCCUCCACCUGUUGAACGUCGAAGGAGCGGGAAAGGCCAGGGUGAGCCUCACCAAGGAAACGGGGAAUGCAUCCCUGGCCUCCACCGUCGUCCACCCUUUCGCAAACGGAAGCGGGGGAUGCUUCCCAUUCCGGAUACCGAGCAUCCAGGGUCAAAUGGGGAAGCUGCAGCUCCGGCUGACCCUGGACGGGGCGCCGGGCAUCGCGGGGAGGGAGAGCGAGCCGGUGGAGGUCGGGGAACGCCGCAGCCUCGUCUUCGUCCAGACGGAUAAGCCGCUUUAUCUUCCGGGGCAGACCGUCCGGUUCUGGAUCCUCGUGCUCGAUGCCGCCCUCAAGCCCCUCGACGACCAGGUGAGACAGGUGUGGGUGAAAGGUCCAUCGCUGCAAAGGGAAGCCCAUUGGAAAGAGUUGCCGUCCACGGCCGGGAUCGUCCAGCUUCAGCAUCGGCUUCACGAGGAAGCGCCCGUGGAAGUGAGCGCUGCCGCGUGGCGCGUCCUCCAUCGGCUCGACUUGCACGACGUCUGCGUUCGUUUGUCUCAAGAUCGCGUGUGUGCCGUUGCGAUGGUCGUUCCCGAUCCAAAGAUUCCGCAGGAGCAUUACGAUGGGGCCAGUUUUAAGGCUUCGGGCGAUGGGGAAGGGGUCUUGGAGGAUCGAGAGUGCGAACGAAUUAAACCGGGAAGUUUUCGCCUGCCGAUCGGCAUCACCGGCAUGAUCGUUCUCAACAGCGUCGAUCCUGGGAAACAACUCUGGGGGAGCUGGAAGGUGAAGGUCGACGUGAGAGGGAGCCAUUGGAACGAGGUGAAGCACUUCCAGGUCGCCGACUUCGUUCUUCCCAAGUAUUCUGUGGAAAUCGGGGCGCCGGAGGUUUUACUCGGGGACGCGGCCGCCCUGGACGUCAGCGUUUGUGCCAGGUACCCCCACGUUGGACCAGUGGAGGGCGAAUUGAUCCUGAGAGUGGAGCCGUUCAUCCCCAUUAUGGAGACCUUCAGAGUCAGAUAUCCAGGAUUGACGAAGGAGUUCAAGAUCGACGUGGACAGAUACUCUUUCAUCUUCCAGCAUCACAUGAAGGGCUGCCACAAGGAAAGCAUCCCGACGGAGGCCCUGGGGAUGGACAACGAGGAGCUGGCCCCGCAGUCCAUUACCAUCACGGCCGCCGUGAAGGAGAAGGGGACGGGGGUCGAGAUCACGGAUUCCGUGAUCCUACGAGUCGAGCGGAAUCCCCUGGAAAUCGAUGUGGAUUCCUCUCCGAUUCAUUUCAGACCUGGUUUCGUCUACGAUGGACUGGUGAAGUUGAAGUUCCGGGCCGGAUCGCCCGCGCAGGGUCAGAAGAUCCUCAUCUGCGAAAAUCCCGACGAGCGGGAAGGAGCGGAGAAAUGUCGGAACUACACCUCGGAUUCUCGCGGCCUUGUCCGGUUCCAGAUUCCUCCAAAGCUCGGCAACAUCGGCUCGUUUUUGCUCGAGGUGUCGGCCCCAGAGAUGACCAAGGACUACCCGAAAAGAAAGGAGGGAAGGCGAUACGGUUGGAAUAGGCAGAUCUAUGCAGGGAGACGGAGGGUGACCGUGGGCGAGUGGCAUUCCCCGUCCAGCAGCUACAUCCAGAUCCUCCGACCUUCGGGGAAGGGGGAGAUGGAGGGCUGCAGAGGCUCCGUUCGGUUUCGGGUCUCCCACUCGGACUCGCCAGCCGGGGUCCCCAGUCGCUUCCACUAUCAGAUAAUUUCACGAGGGAACAUUCUGGCUUCCGCGGACUUCGAUCGCAAGGCAGAUGGGAAGAUGGAGGAUUUCAUCGACCCGGAGUUGCUGCUCUACGAGUCCGAGGAGAUCUCCGAUCCUCAGCGCCUGAGCGUGACCGCCGUCGAGAUCCCCGUGAUCCCCGAGAUGGCGCCAGAGAGUAAACUGGUGGUCUUUUACGUAAGAGCUGACGGAGAGGUGGUGUCCGAUUACUUCACCUUCCAGGUGGAUCGGUGCCUCCCGAAUAAGGUGGAACUGAAUUGGAGCCAGGAGGAAGUGAGACCUGGAUCGAAAGUUGGACUGAAGUUGAAGGCCGAACCCAAUUCUGUGUGCGGGUUGAAGGUGGUGCACAAGAGUGUGAACCUCCUGCACCCGGAGCAUCAGAUCAAUCUGGAGAGCGUGUUCCAGGCGGUGAAGUCCUUGCAAAUCCAUGAAGCCGAGUUCCCCGCUCAGAGCACGGACUCGGACUUCUGCCUCCGUCAUCGGCACCAAAAGAACUCAUCCCAAGAGAACUACCACCCACAGGAUGGUUUCGAAAGUGAAUAUUCCCACAGUCACGCCCUCACAUCCUUUGAUCGUUCGGGCCUCGUGGUGCUAUCCAACCUGAGCGUCUUCACCAUCCCCUGUAGUAUCUUUAGUAAUUGGGGAGAUGGGGAGAUUGAGGGACGUCAACCAGCAGAGGAAGAAACCGACCCGCAGGUGGAUGAUGCAGCACCACCAUCCGCAUUGGUACCCGAGAUCAAGGAGUCACCCCAUGAGGACUACGACUAUUACUACUACUACUACGACGAUUCUCGUGCCACCAAGGUUCGCGACUACUUUCCAGAGACCUGGCUCUGGUCCCUCGAGACUGUCGGUGAAACAGGAGAGUUGGAGAAGAUUCUGGAGGUGCCUGACAACAUCGCAGAGUGGGUGGGUUCAGCGGUGUGCAUCUCCCCACUGAAAGGGAUGGGGCUGUCCUCCCCUCAACCCCUCAUUGUCUCCCAAUCCUUCUUCCUCGGCUUCACUCUGCCUUAUUCU